AUGUUUGGAAAUUUCAAAAGGGACCGCGCUCCGUUCGUGCUCACUCACGACAUGGCGUACGUGAUCAACGGCGGGGAGCGGCCCACCCAGCGCUUCCAGCACUUCGUGGAGCUCUGCUGCAUGGCCUUCAACGUGGUGCGCGCGCACCGGAACCACAUCCUCGACCUCUUCGCACUCAUGGCGAUGUCGGGCGUGCCGGGCGUUUCUAGCGCGGCGGUGGGCUACGUGCGCGACGCGCUGCUGCCCGCCGCCACCAACGCCGAGGCGGCGGCCGCCUUCGCGCGCCUCAUCCACUCCUCGCUCAAGAGCAAAUUUACUCCAAUAAAUUUCUUCCUGCACAACUUGGCGCAGCUUAGGGCGAGUGGAGACCAGAAUAGCAGUUCUUCUGAAUUGCUCUCCUUCAUGCCAAGGACGUAUACCAUGGCGCAGGAGGGCCGCUUGUCGCGCGUAGAGUGCGUCAGCUACGAGAAGCGCUACGACCCGGAGAAGCACUACGUCUACGCGCUACGCGUGUACCGACACGGGCAGGCCACGCCCUCCACCCUCUACCGCUCCUACAAGCACUUCACGGAGCUCUACCAGAAGAUUUGUCUGCACUUCCCCUUGGCAAAAGUGCACAGG